AUGUCGCUGCAAAAUCUUGCUCCCACAUCCACCCAGGGUGCUCGUAAAGAAGGCGAUAUCUCAUCAGUCUUCGUAUCCUUGUCCGGAAAAGAAAGAUCCUCUCUUCCAGAGAGAUUUGCGAGUCAGAAGAAGCGGCUGAUUGCUGGCCGAGAGGACCAGAUCCAAAGGAGCUGGGAUCGUUUGCUCCGCAAACUGAAGGAUGAAGUUCAUCUGAUUGAGCAGCGCGGGUCUGACAUUGUUCCGUCUAUUGACUUCAAGGAUAUCCAUUCUGCCCCGGCGGCAUUUCGGGAUGAGCUCAGGAAACGGGGCGUUGCUGUCAUUCGAGGGGUAAUUCCUGAGCAUGAGGCCAGGGGUUACAAGGAGGAGAUUGAGCAUUAUGCUAAAGCAAAUCCGGGAACAAAAGCAUUCCCCCCACACGACCCCCAGGUCUAUGAGUUGUAUUGGUCGAAGCCCCAGAUGCGCGCACGUACACAUCCCAACAUGCUCGAGGCGCAACGCUUCCUUAUGAGCUUCUGGAAAUCGGAUUCACCGGAUGCAAUAAUAUCUCCCACCCACCCCCUCACCUACGCGGACAGACUCCGUAUUCGCCAGCCAGGAGAUGCGGGAUUUGCGCUCGGUCCGCACGUUGACGGAGGAAGCUGUGAGCGUUGGGAAGACAACGGUUAUGGCCGCGGCAAUGUCUACAAGAACAUCUGGGAGGGUAACUGGGAGCAAUAUAACCCAUGGGAAGCUAGCUGCCGAGUCCCAGCUGAGGCCGAUCUUUAUAACGGCGCUGGGGCAUGUUCAAUGUUCCGCAUGUUCCAGGCAUGGCUGAGCAUGUCACAUUCUGGACCGAAUGAAGGGACUUUGUUGGUGAACCCGCUUCUUUCAAUGUCCACGGCAUACUUCCUUCUCAGGCCCUUCUUCGAGCCGGUCUAUGCACCGCCCAAGGAUUGCUCGCGAAUGGCACUGGAUACGUUCCUCGAGCCUAGCAACUGGCGGUUGGAGAAGGAAACUUCAAGCAGACUGCAGGGUGCAACACCAGGUUACGGACAGGAACUGACCACAGCGCUUCAUCCUCACCUUGAGCUAAGUAAAUCAAUGAUUCAUGUCCCCAAGAUCGCCCCUGGUGACUAUGUUGCCUGGCAUUGCGACAGCAUCCAUGCGGUCGACAAAGUACACAACGGAUCCGGAGACUCGAGCGUCAUGUAUAUUCCCGCGUGUCCUAUUACCGAAGCCAACGCGGCCUAUGUUGCGCGUCAGAAAAAUGACUUCGUCGCGGGUAUUCCUCCACCAGAUUUCCCAGGAGGUAAGGGAGAGAGUGAUCAUGUUGGAAGGGCCAUGGAGGCUGAUUUGCGAGGACUCACCAAUCAAUUGGGAUUGCGAUCCUUCGGGUUCGGGGAGUGGCAUCUGAAUGAGGGAGGUUUGUCGCACGGACAGCGACAGGUUUUGGAGAAAGCAAACCAGAUUCUGAGUGUUUGA